CCGCCGCUCAUCCGUCUCUAGCAGCUCUCUGCCUGCCUUCCACCACCACAACCUCCUCUCGCCUCCGUCCCUCUUGCCGCUAUGAGUGCCACCAACAAGCGUCGUAUCGAGACGGACAUCAUGAAGCUAACGACCGCCGACUACGAUCUCCAGCUCGUCAACGAUAACCUGCAGGAGUUCCAGGUUCGCUUUACUGGCCCCGCCGACACCCCCUUCGCGGGCGGCGUGUGGAAGAUCCACGUCGAGCUCCCGGACCAGUACCCGUACAAGUCCCCCAGCAUCGGCUUCAUGAACAAGAUCUUCCAUCCCAAUAUCGACGAGCUGAGCGGUUCGGUGUGUCUGGAUGUGAUCAACACGACGUGGUCGCCGAUGUUUGACAUGGUCAACGUCUUCGAGUCCUUCCUCCCACAAUUGCUGCGGUACCCGAACCCGAACGACCCUCUGAACGGAGAGGCGGCAUCUUUGCUUAUGCGAAACCCGAAGGAGUACGAUGCGAAGGUCAAGGAGUACGUCCAGCGAUACGCAACGAAGGAGGCGCUGGACGCAUCAGACGGCAAGAAGGCAGAGGAGGAAGACGAGGACGAGGAGAUGAGCGACGUGGGCAGCAUCAGCGACAUGGACGAGUAAACGCCACCACCGCGGUCGCUAGCCUCCCGUCGAUGGGCGUCCAUAAUCGGAUCCCUUGGCCUUUCCCUUGCAUUUCCCGCACACCUUUCAUUUACCUCUCUCAUCCUGAUUCUGACUCUUCUGUUCGUCGCAUAUCUCAAUUCCUUUAACUUGUAAAGUAGUUAGCCCGGGCUUAUGUACAAUAGAUGGUUUACGCGUA